AGCUAUUCAGCAAAAUGCAUGAAAGAGUUUCGCACGCGACCGACCAACAGUCAACAGCCAACAAGUAAGAAGUGCCAUCCAUCGGCGAUCCGGGACAGAAAUUCCAGCAAUUGUGGGGAAAGUGAUCGCGAGCGAGGGAGAAAUUCAGUUGAAAGAUGUUCGAACGCUGCAGUUUAUUGUUUAUGGCUGUGCUGAUGGCAUCGGCACUAUUGACCCAAGCCCAUUUCCCGGAAUACUGUGCGGAGUGUGAGCAGGAGGUGUGGAAACAGGUGCCGUGCAGCGAGGUGCCCACAACGGUGGCGCCCACAACAACUGGAGGCACUACUCCUGGUACACCGACCACCACCACCACGCCGGGACCCGUCUACCCAAUCACCACCAGUGGCCCAAGCACGCCCACGGAUUACACCACCCAGCCGUCGGCGUACAAGAAGUGCUACUGCGAGUGCAAGCUGGGCUGCAAGGAGUUCUGCCGCAAGGUGGUCUCCUCCGAGCCCAAGCAGCCGCUCACCCAGAUCUCCUCCAUCGGGGAGUAUGCACCUGGCGGUCAGGUGGAGUUCACACACGUCCAUCAGCGCAAAUACUUUCCCAAGUAUGGAGGCGACUCCUAUGCGGGAUUGGUAGGACCUGUGGGCGGACCCAAGGCCUAUAAGCCCUAUCCACUGGUCUACGAACAGGCGGCUGCGGCAUCUGCUGCUUCGCCGGCUUCCAUUCCCUCGGUGGCUUCCUCGCCAGCGGUGGCAAACAUAGCGGCUCCUAAUUACACGCUGGAAGAGCUGGCCCAACUGCUGAGCACCGCCUAUGGCAGCAAGAAGGGUUAUCCGGCUAGUGUGCCAUCUCCACCACGUCCUCAGAUUCAGCUGCAGCCAGCUCCCUCCGUUUACUACUCUCCGGUUCCAAGCUACGGCAAGCAAGUGGUUCCACUCGUGAGCAAAGUGGCGCCGGCACCCAAAAUCACCUCCAGCAUUAAGUAUGCCGCCUCAGCGGUUUCAUCAUCAUCGGGCGUGUCGGUGGCCAAGAUAAAGACUCCCUACGAAGAGAAGAUUGUGGUGGCCACCCCGUCGCCCAUUUAUGAGAGGUCCACAUCGUAUCCCAUUGUUGAAGCACCCAAGGAAUACCCGGCGCCCCAGACAGAAAUCUAUCCCGUUGUGCAGAGCCAAACGGAGUCGUAUCCCAGCCACACUCCCAUUUAUCCAAGUCCCACGGAAUCCUAUCCCAGCCAGAAGGACUCCUACCCCAGCAUCACAGAGUCAUAUCCCAGCCAAACUGAGUCCUAUCAACCCCGUACGGAGGCCUAUCCCGUACCUCAGCCGGAGGUCAAGCCAUAUGGCGGUCCCGAUCCUGGAGCCGAUAAGCCAUCGUCCACCUUCGACCUGGCCAUCGAUAAUUAUCUGAAGGACUUUGGAUAUGGCAACCAAGGAAGGGGCUAUGCGGACUACUGAAGUUCGAUCUGUUGUUUUUUAGCAUAAGUCUAGGCUAGAAUGUUUUCUAGGUAUCCCAUUAUUUAUUGAGUACUCCCCCUUUCCUGUUGACUAAAUGAUGAUUAAAUUAUUUAAAAAAAAUUUAAAAA